UACAUAUUACUUAACAUAAUAUUAUACUGGCCGCGAAACGUGUUACACAAGAUCUUCGGGAAAGAAUCCCGACAAUAGACGUACUGUAUUACCAUUUACCUACCGCGAAUAGUUAUAUAUUUUAUUUUUCUAUUAAAUAAUCUUAUACUCUCCAGUUUCACGACGCGGCUUAUGCACCGCGGAAACAACGGUUUCAUAUAAGUUUUGACGAUGCAAGUUUAUUAUAAUUUCGACUAUUUGGUAUAAUAUUAUCAUUUUUGUUGAAAUAACGCAGUUUCCACUAUUUUUACAUCGCAGUAAAUUCCGCACACUAUUUUAUUAACUAUUAUUAAUAAUAAUAUAACAAUAUACUAAGUUUCGGGAAUAUAAUCUGAGCACGUGUGUGAUCCGCCGAAAAUGGACAACGCCGUUGCCACCGCUGCCAUAAACGAACCAGAACCUGGAUCACUGCUAAUCGUAUCAGAUUGUACGAGUAGCCGGCAUAAAUAUAAACGAACAUUAUCACAGGUAUGUGCGUUGGUCGCUCAGAGCUUAUUGAUGCUGGAUUUAGGAAUGAUGAUAGUCGUUCCUACAAUUGUCAUCGGUGCACUCCAUAACGCAAAAGAGGACUUAUCACUGGACGAUGAUCAAUCCUCGUGGAUUGGUAGCAUUAUGUUGCUUUGCCAACCGUUGGGCUGCUUGCUGUCAGGCUUCGUGCAAGGCAUGCUCGGCCGGAAGCUCGCCAUGCUACUGGUCAACAUACCUCACAUAUCCGCCUGGUACCUAAUAUACGCGGCAGAUUCCCCGUGGAUGCUGUACACCGCCUCAGUUGCUAUGGGCAUAGGAAUUGGAUUCCUGGAGGCACCAACGAUGGCGUACAUCGGCGAGAUCAGCGAACCGGACAUCCGGGGCACGUUGUCCACGUUCGCCAGUACCUUCGUCGUCCUGGGACACCUGCUAGAGUUUAUACUCGGGUAUUUAUUCUCGUGGAGGGAAGCAAUGCUCAUCAGCUGUCUGGUGCCUGUGACUGCUUCCGUCGCUACAUUUCUGAUCCCAGAAUCCCCAGUUUGGUUAUUGAUGAAGGGAAGGAGAGACGAGGCAUUGUCGUCGCUGAGAUGGCUCCGAGGGUGGUGUUCCGCCGAAGAAGUGAGCGAAGAAUUUCAUGAACUUGAACUGUACUGUCAAGAGUCCAAAAAUGAGUUCAAAAGUCUUAUGGAAGCCAAAAUCAGAAAAUCGUCCGGAUACAUCGGAGUACCAGAUAGCGAAUUCGUUACACAGAAAAAACCCAGCGUCGUUGACAUGAUUAGGGACUUUCUGCGUCCCGGAAUCUUAAUACCACUACGGCUGGUCGUGGCCUACUUCUUCUUUUACCACGCCGCAUCGCUGACGGCCAUGCGACCGUACAUGAUCGAAGUUUUCACCCGACUGGAUGUGCCUUUGACGCCAAAUAAACUCACCGUCAUAUCGGCGGUGUUACAGCUCAUUGGAGCAAUAACAUGUAUUUGUCUGGUGCGGCUGGUCGGAAAAAAAACUUUGUCGUUGGUCUCAAUGUCGGGUUGCGCGCUGUGCUGUCUGUCGUUGAGCGCUUACACAUACGCCAUAACACAACUCCAGUGGUCAACAGCGCCGACGAUACCACUAAUAUUGUUUUGCACGCUGUACUUUACCAUCAACUUGGGCAUCAGUUCCAUACCAUGGUUGCUGAUCAGCGAAGUAUUUCCAACCAGAGGACGAGAAGUGGCUGGCUCGUUGUGCGCAGCGAUUUUUUAUAUCAACGCGUUCCUAGUAUCGAAGACCUGGUUAAAUCUUCAAAACUUGGUGGAACUAUAUGGAUGCUUUUUUUUGUACGGAAUACUAGCCGUUGUUGGAAUUGUUCACGUUAUAAUUUAUUUGCCGGAGACUGAAGGCAAAACGCUAUCCGAAAUUGAAAAGGAUUUUGCAAGAAAAAACGCCAGAUAAAUUAAAAUAACAAAAAUAACGGAGAUGAUAAAAUAACAUAUCAUUGCGUGUAGACACGUAUACACACUACAAUGAGUUCCGGUCGGUUACAAGUGUUCAAAUGUUCUGCAAAUAUAAUUUUAACCUCCUCACCGAUAUAAAUAAAAUAAUAUGAUGUAUAUUACCACUAAUGAUAAAUUUAGUUUAUAAAAUAUAGCAUAUUAUGUACAUAAUAUUAU